CUUAGUAGCUUCAGUUUCUAAUUACAUAUUAACCGGCCGGAAUUUUUCUUAUAUGCAAUUUCCAAAAAAGUAAGAAUCUGCUGCUAGCGUCUUUCGAAGAUUUGCAGUCUCUCAUUGUGAGUUUUGUGAAAAAGGUCACAAUGAGUAAGCCUACGAGAUAUAAAGAGUAUCUUGAACCUGGUUCAGAUGAGCCCAUUCCAUCAAGCUCAAGGUACAGAUACAAGAAAGCACGCAAAGAAGAGAAAGAAACCGAUUCCUUGGUGAUGAUGGAAGACCUUGAAAUGCUUCAGAAUUUCGAAGAAGACGAAACUUUUCAGAGUCCUGUCUGUGCCGAAGAGACGUUAAUUGAAAGCUCGGACAUUUCCGAACGAGAGAAAAGAACGGCAGAUGUAAGCGAUGCUGUUUUCAACGUUGUACAGUCGUUAGCACAUGACUUGGACCUCAUUGAAAACGAAACAAAACACUAUGCUGAGGGAGCAAGUGAGGUCGCUGAUGAUUAUUUUACUGAUGCUAUCGAUUAUGAGGUUGAUAUCUGUAUGGACACAAUUGAUGACAACACUGAACCGGAAAAUGAAGAAGACGAAGUUCAAAAUUUACAGAAAAAAGGUUUUACAUCACUCGAAGAUGCAACCAACAACGAAGUUUUUAGAAAACCUACUAACGUGCCGGUCAACAAAACUGUAGGAGAAGUAGUGAUCAUGAUCUUGAAGUUUGUUCUAGUGCACGCGCUUUCAUUAACUGAGGCUACUGAUUUAUUUUUCAUGAUUAAUUGUAUUUUUGCAGAAUCUUUUCUACCAAACACUCGAUAUUUACGUAACAAAUUAUUUUAUCAGAAAAGUUGUAUGCAACUCCACGGAAUUUGUUCUAAAUGCGGUGCAUUUAUAGGUAAAUUGAAUCGGAAGGAUCGUCUUGUAAAAUGUAAAAUAUGUAUGACUACAGUCAAUGUUAAAGAUAAAGCGUAUACGGACAUCUUUGUAAUGAUGGAUGCCGCAUCUCCGAUUUCUAAAUUAAUAGAGUCGAAUAGUGCUUAUUACAAUUGAAACGCUUGCGACCAAAAGGGGACACGACCGGAUUCAUUGUAGUUUUUGAGAUAAUUGGUAAAAAGUGGAUUUUUUUAAAACGAAAAAUUCCCAU